GGGAGGCAGAUGCAGACUGCACGCUGCUCCCUUCAGACCCUGCUGCCACACCAGGGGAGGCCCUGGAUCAGGGGAAACCUGAGCGGGAGGAAGGACUGGGCCUACCAGGACUGCCUGCCGCCAAGUACUCAGACGAACUGGAGGAGCCAGAGCCAGGGGGAGAGCUUGCGCUGCCAGCAGCGGUCUACCCGGAGGAACUGGAGGGAUCAGAGGACGCGCAAUCGGGUAGGAAGUAGCCCAGGGACAGAACGACACUGCGUUGCUGCCAAGAAAGAGCCUGGGGAUGUUCUACAGUAUCCAAGUGAGAGAUGCCUUAGAAAUACCAUUGCUAGACAGUGUAGCUAAGAGUUUAUGAGCUGCUGGGAGUUUAUACAUCACAAACGCUCAUCAUUCUCCACCACCAAGGAAAAAGACCAUUUGGACACAUCUGUGACCAAGGGAGGAAGACGACACAGUAGAAGAGAUACCAAACAAAGUCCUGCCUCCUUAGUCAAAGGUCUUAAAGAUGACUCUUACAAGCCCUUUCCCAAACACCACAGAAUAUGACUACGUGUAUGAUGAAGGUACCUCUCCUUGCAGUGAAGGCAAUUGUUUCAGCAGGUUUAAAUCACUGUUUCUUCCAAUAGUUUACUGCCUGGUGUUUGUCUUCUGCCUAGUGGGAAAUGCCUUGGUCAUAUGUGUACUUUUGACCAGGAAGAAAGUCACCACCAUGACCGAUGUGUGCUUGUUCAACCUUGCAAUCUCUGACCUGCUCUUUGUUGUCCCCCUCCCAUUUCAAGCUCACUAUGCUUCAGAAGAAUGGACUUUCGGAAAUGCAGCGUGUAAAAUGAUGGCUGGCAUUUAUUACAUAGGCUUUUACAGUAGCAUUUUCUUUAUAACCCUCAUGAGCAUAGACAGGUACAUAGCAAUCGUUCAUGCUGUCUAUGCGAUGAGAGUUCGAACAGCCACCUGUGGCAAAAUUAUAAGCCUACUCCUGUGGAUGACGGCUGGUUUGGCUGCCAUACCAAAUAUGGUGUUUAACCAAGAAGUGGAAAUUGAACAGUCUCUCGAGUGUGUCCCCAAAUAUCCUCCAGGCCAAGAGACCUGGCGAUAUUUCAUUCAGUUUGAAGUCAACAUCUUGGGCCUUUUGAUCCCACUCAGCAUCCUCAUUUACUGCUACUCCCACAUCCUAAAAAAUCUGCAGAGCUGCAAAAACCGGAACAAGAUCAAAGCCAUCAAGCUGAUUUUCAUCAUCGUGGUCAUCUUUUUCCUUUUCUGGGCUCCCUUCAACAUUGUGCUUUUUCUAGACUCUCUGCAGAACUUGCACAUCAUCAACGACUGCAAGAUGAGCCAAAGGCUUGUGCUGGCCCUGCAGCUGACUGAAUCAAUCUCCUUCAUCCACUGCUGCCUGAAUCCAGUGAUCUAUGCUUUUGCUGGCAAGAUGUUUAAAUCUCACCUUAAAAAAAAUAUUCCAAACCUGCAUCCGUCGCAUUUCUAGUAGCAAUUCAGCCAAUCAUUCUCACUCCUUCCCCACUCAAGUAUUAGGCUAUUCUUAUAGUGACAGAGUUCUGUAAGCUUUCCCACUCCCUGCCCAAGCAUACAUUCUAACUGUGUUCAUUUAAAUACAGCGAUUGCCCUAUAAAACGUACUAGCAUCGACUUAGCCCAGUGUGCUACCUCCACGGUUUAUUUUUUAGGGACAGAGGAAAGUUGGUCCUGGAUUUUGACUUCCACUCCUUCAAAAAUUGCAGCAAU